AUGGAAUCCUCCAACGUAAUUGCCUGGCUGCUUCCCUCGUCCACAAACCAACCAGCCCUCGAAGCAAUCCGCAUGCCCCAAAACGCAACCCGGGCCGUCUCCACGAUCCCCUCAUCCUACGAACCCAUCAUCCAAACACCAAACCCAAACCAACUCCCGCCCACAACACCAACAAUCGACCCCUCUCUCCUCACCAAAUCCUUAUUCUCUAACCUCGAGGCAUCUCUCACCAAACCCCGCCCAGCCCUCUCCCUAAGUUUCACAUCGCCCCCCAAAUCCAACCCAGGCUUCGUCCUCGGCACCGACCCUGCCCUCGCAGACAUCCUCCUCCCUUCCCUCCCGGGUAUCGCCCCAGCCCACUGCCACAUCACCUUUGACGCCUCCCACCGCCUCGUCCUCGUCGACACCUCGCACACCGGCACGGCCGUCUGGUACGACGGCGCCAGCUCCGGCGACCGCACCCGCGAAUCCUGGGUCCUCGGCGCGGGAAGCAGCUACGGGUUCCCCUCUAUGGUCGACCGCGUCGUAAUCGACAUCCAGACGGUGCGGUUCCAAGUCAUCAUCAACGAAGCACACGUCCUUCGGCCCGAGGUCUACAAGGAGAACGUCGAGGCCUUCAUGUCAAGCCUCGAGAGCGCCAGCAUCAUCGCAGAGGCGGCAGCAGCAGCAGCACCACCACCAGAGGAAAAAACACCAGACCUCGACGCCAGCAUCCUCGCCUCCAUCCUCGCCAACCACUCAUACUCCUACUCUCAAAAAGAAGACCAACAGCUCGUCCGCCGCGACGAAAAGGACGUCUGCGACUUUUACUACAACUUCAACUUUGACCUCGGCUUCGACCUGAGCUACGACUGCGACUACGACUUCGACUACGACAUGUCGGACGACGAAAUGGUCGACGACGUCGCCGAGGAAGAAAAGAUGGACUUCCUCCCACCGAUUCCCUCCGUCGUGCCGCCGGCGUACGUGAAGUACCUGCUCACCUCGGACGACGGGGCGCCGCCGGAGACGUAUCUCUGGAACACGGCGAAGCCUUGGGAGCCGAUGGUCAAGGUUGUUUGCUGA